UUGAUCAUUGAAAGUUUUUCAACCUCCAGUCCAUGGCGUUGUCUAAUUCCCUUUCCUUUCCUUCUUUUUCUUCUUCUAUUUCUCCCUUCGUCCACCGUCGUCCCACAGCUCCCGGUUCCGGCUUCGCACCUCUUCUCACUUCUCUUGAUCCCUCCAAAUUCCGCUUCAACUUUUCUGAGUGCGGCACUGAGGCCGAUUUCUCUGCAAGGAAGUACAUUGUUAAUGUUGCUAGCAGUGGUUUCAACUCGUUUAAUUCAUUUUCAUGGGAUUCUGACCAAGAUGAUGAUUGUAUUCCAAUGCCAAUUGUUUCGAUUGAUCAAGACUCAGAUCCAGAAGCAACAGUUGUGCAGCUGAGUUUUGGAGAUCGUCUGGGUGCUCUCAUUGAUACAAUGAGAGCAUUGAAAGAUUUGGGAUUAGAUGUUGCAAAGGGAACUGUUGUUACUGAAGGACUAGUCAAACAAACAAAAUUUUUCAUCACGCGAUCAGACAAUGGGCGCAAAAUUGAGGAUCCUGAUAUGUUAGAGAGAAUUCGACUCACCAUUAUAAACAAUCUUUUGAAGUACCAUCCAGAAUCUAGUGUGCUACUUGCUAUGGGUGAGGCUUUUGGAGUAAAGGCUCCAAAGAAGAAGCUUGAUGUGGACAUUGCUACUCGUAUACGUAUCAAGGAAGAUGGACCCAAGAGGAGCUUGCUUUCCGUAGAGACAGCAGAUCGACCUGGACUGCUGGUAGAGAUAAUCAAAGUCAUUGCUGAUGUCAACAUUGAUGUAGAAUCCGCAGAAAUUGAUACGGAGGGAUUAGUGGCGAAAGACAAGUUUCACGUUAGCUACAGAGGAGCACCUUUAAAUAGUUCCUUGUGUCAGGUGCUGGUGAAUUGCCUGCGUUAUUACCUUAGAAGGCCGGAAACCGAUAUUGAUAGCUAUUAGUACUUGAAGAUGUACCCUAUAAACCAAAUUCGUUGGUUCUCUUGUACCCAUUCCUAUGGGAGCUCAGGCUAUCAAAACUUUCUCUCUCUAGAUAUAUAGGUUCAUGUUGCACAAUGAGUUCUGGGAUGUUUCUCGAAACUUCACACACACUUAGGCGACCUGCAUCCCAUAUGAAACUAAACGUUGUUUACAAAAAUUCGUCCUUUGGAUAUAUGAAAACAGUCCAUUCUCUUCUCCGA